UUUUUUUAAUUUUCUUUAAGAAGAACGAAGAAAUAAACAUUAAUUUAACAACAAAUUUAUCCCCCAAAAGUAAUUUAAACAAUAAUGGCUGUUGCACAAACAAAUGUAAUGAAUUCUUACCUCCCUGGAUUUUCUGUACUCGUUAUUCUGAUAGACCCGGUUCAGGUUCUCGACUUAGAAAAUCAAAGAAAAAAGAUAUUGGAGAGGAGGAUAAAAGGCCGAGAACUGCGUUUACUGUAGAACAGGUGG